AUGUUCUUGAAUUGUUGUCCUAAUGUUUACUCUUUGAUCUUAAAAACAUAAAUCUAAUUUAUUGACCCUGAUAUACUAUUACAGAUUGAUUUAAAAGACUCUUAUUAAGUAAUUUUAAAGAAAGACUUUUUACACAUAUAUAAAAAAGGAGAACCUAUUUCCUCAUUCAAAUUGCAUUUUCCUAAUUUGAUUAAAUGGAAAUUUGAUAAAGGAUUAAUAGGAUUCACUAUAGAUAAUGAAACUUAUUUAACAGAAGAAACAUAUAAAUUAAAAGAGUACUUAAAUGGAAGAUUAUUUUUUUCUAAAAUUCAAGAUUUUUAUACUCCUCUAUAAAUAUUAGGAAAAGGAGGUAAUGCAAAAGUUCUUCUAGUCAAAUAAAAAAUUGGUGAAACAUAUUAUGCUGCAAAAUGUAUUCCCAAGACUGAAUCAAUAAUUUAAGAGAUCGAAAUUAAUAAUCUAUUGGAUCAUCCAGCUUUUGUAAAAAUAAAAGAAGUGUUUUUAGGAGAUACAAGUUAUUAUAUAAUAAUGGAUUUAUUAUCUGGAAAGAACCUUUUAUAAUUACUUAAGAAUCAACAUUCAGGUUUGACAGUUGAAUAGUCUAAAUUGAUUAUGCAUGUAAAUUAAUAGUUAAAUAGGCAUUAUUAAGUGGAAUUGAUUAUAUGCAUUCAAAAAAUAUUAUACAUAGAGAUAUUAAACCAGAAAAUAUAGUUUUAGAAAAAAUCAAUAAUCUUACAACAUUAAAAUUAGUAGAUUUUGGUUUAGCUACUUAUUCUAAUAUCAAAAAGUAAUUCAAUAAUUCUAAAUAUAGAUUUAAGUAUCCUAAAUGUGGUACUCCAGGAUAUGUUGCACCAGAAAUUGCAAAUUUGACUGAUUAAAAUUCUAUAUAUGAUAAGAAAUGUGAUAUCUUUAGUGCAGGAGCAGUUUUCUAUAAAUUAUUAACUGGAAGAGAUGUAUUUCCAGGAACAGGAUUUGCUUAUGUUUUAGCAUAAAAUAAAAAAUGUCAAAUAGAUUUUACACUUUUAUAAUUAAGAAAAUUGCCAUCAGAUGUUAUAGUAUCUAAUAUUAUAAUUAAAGAUAUUGUUAAAAUAAAUGUUAUAAAAAGAUCCAAUCCUAAGACCAACUGCUUAAGAAUGUUUAAAAUUUCCAUUUUUUACAUCUAAUAAAUAAAAUGAAACUGAUUAAUAACCAAUAACUAAUGGGACUUAAAAUUCAAAUUCUGCACCAACAGGACCAUCUAAUGCACAUAAAAGAUAAUUUUUUGCUUAAUAAAAACAGAUGAUGUAGACUGUAGAUUUCCCAACUGAAGAAAAAACUGAAUAUAAAGGAUCCUUCGUUACCAAUGAUAUGGUGUAAUACCCUUAAAUGCCUAAGAUGGUAAUGAAAUUCAAUACAACUGAAUUUGAAACAAUAUGA